GAGAAGCACACCGUAAAUAACAGCGUAGGAAAAUAAUUCUUCUUCGUUUGUAGUAAAGGAAACCUCCAGCAAUAUGUGUUUAAAAAGUCAUCGAGGCUCUUGAGGAAUUACGGAAACACACUGGAGCGCUUCAUUAAAGACGAGCGCCUGGUGGAGGAAGGCUGGAUUCAGGAGGAAAAAGCAACCCCUAUGUCGCAACUCUGCGCAUGCAAAAAGUCACCGGGAUACAGCAACCCUCCUUACACACAUGAGUGCUUUUUUCUCCCCGAGCUGGGCCGCGCGCCAUGCCUGAUCGGGACGGCUCCUACCUGUCAGGCGGUAGUGGAAGUGGUGGUAAUCUGAGCGAGGAGGGAGGAGCGGGCUCUGGUUGCACUGCAGAGGGCAGAGGGGGUUCUGGAGGGGGCGCCGGUGGCAACCUGUCUGGCUCUGGAGGUAUGGGGGGAGGCGGGGCACUCGGCAACGGUUGCGGAAACGGGUGUGGCGGGGUCCAAGGCGCUGGGCCGCCGCUUGACGGCGUCUGCAGGGAUUUUAUUCGCAAUGUCUGCAAGAGAGGGAAGCGUUGUCGCUUCAAGCAUCCCGACUUUAACGAAGUACCCGACUUGGGAGUGCAAAAGAACGAGUUCAUCUUCUGCCAUGAUCAUCAGAAUAAGGAGUGUUUGCGCUCCAACUGUCGCUUCGUGCAUGGAUCCAAAGAGGAUGAGGACUACUAUAAGAAAACCGGUGAGUUGCCCCUCAGACUGAGAGGAAAAGUUGCAGCACGGCUUGGCCUCUCGCCUAUGGAUCUUCCUCAUAGCAGAGGGGAGGUCCCAAUCUGCAGAGACUUCCUGAAGGGGGAAUGCCAGCGAGGAAAUAAAUGUAAAUUUCGCCACGUCCAAAAAGACUAUGAAUAUGAACCUUCCAGGGUUGGCGGGGCUGGUGGGAUUGGACCUAGUACUGGUGGAAUGGUGAAUGCUGGUAGUGCUAUUGGUGGCGGAGUAGUAGGAACAUGUGGGGGGAUUCCAGGACUUGUUGGAGCAGGAGUUGGAAAUAACAUGAUUGGGAUGAGUUGUCCCAGUAUGGGCGGGUGCAGAGAUCCGAGCCUCUCAGGAGUGGGAAGUGUCGGCGCGGGGGCAAUGAGCGGCUGCCUGUCAAUAGGCCCUUCAGGACAGAGACGGUACGACAGGAACUCCCUGACAGUGUACGACCCCUUACUCGAGAGCGGGCUGUUUGAUUCCGGCUCCCUGGAGGGCUCGCUGGACCACGCCGCUUUCCAGAUAAAGAGACGGAGGUUGGAAGGGCUACGUCUGGCCGACGGGAGCAUAGGAGGCCACUAUGAGCUUGGUGUCCAGGCUGCCUUGCCCACACGCCCUCUGGAGUACAGUUUCCUGGUGGAAGAAAACAGUCUGCUGAGGAAAAGAGUGGAAGAGUUAAAGAAGCAGGUUUCGAACCUUGCUGCCACGAAUGAGGUUCUCCUGGAGCAGAACGCUCAGUUCCGCAGUCAGACCAAGGUGAUGACGCUGUCCUCCACGCCCGCCCCCACCGAGCAGACUAUGGCAGCCCCCGUGGGCGCGGUCAGCUCCUACAAUCACAGCAUCGCCCAGACUCACACCACCCUGAGCAGCGCCGGCCUGCAGCCUCGGCCAGUCACACAGCAGGACCUGGUGGUGCCCACCGGCGCUCCUGCAGCACCUCCUACUAACGCUGCUCCCCCCACCGCGCCUCCCCCUCACCUCAACCCAGAAAUCACGCCCCUGUCGGCCGCUUUGGUGCAGACUAUUGCCCAGGGGAUGGCGCCUCCCGUUUCUAUGGCGCCCGUGACGGUGUCCGUGGCGCCGGUGGCUGUGUCAAUGACACAGCCUAUGCCGGGCAUCACAAUGAGUCAUGCCACCACACAGAUGGUGUCGUACCCCAUCGCCAGUCAGAGCAUGAGGAUCACAACUCUGCCUCAUUAAUUGUUCCUCAGAAGCUUAGGAACUGUAACAGUCUCCAACUGAACUGUAUUAAGGCGUAUUUGGGCCUCGCUGAGGGUGAUUUUUUUUUUUUUUUACAGUAAUAUGAGAAGUAGUAACAUGGACUUUUUUUUUUUUUU